AUGCGCUGCAGCGCUGAGUACGUUGCGGUCAACGCGUCGCGUCUCAGCGUCCCAAUUGUCAUUCCACCGUCUUCGCGUGUCGCAGCCCGGUUGAAUCUUCUCCUCUCCCUUUUUUUUUCAAAUCCUAAAAUUAUGAUGGCCACCGCUCGUCAAGGAUUCUCAGUUUACGGUUGGUUUCAAUAACUGAAUAUGUUAAGAUUUCAAUGAAAGAAUUUUUUUUAAAUAAUUGAAGGACUUCUUACUUUUCAAUAAUGUGAAAUAAUAAUGUGAAUUUCCCCUUAAGUUCCCAUUAGUUAUUAUUGUAUGACGCUAUCGACAGUUUUCAUCGGUGUUCUCAAUGGUUUCGCCAGCGACGAAUUGAAACUUUCCGAUAUUUCAGGUAGAACCCCCUGGUUAGAUAAAUAAUCCAAGCAACCCACGCGACGGAAGUGCUUCUGCGCAGAGCGACGAAAAUGAUAAAGUAUGGUGAAGGCACUUCUACAAUUAUUCUCGUAGGAGUCUUAGUAGUGUAGUGUAGGGUGCCUCGCCUUGUAACUGCUUUCUCAGUGCAUAUAUAACUGAGCGGGUUUUGUUUUUUUCAAUCAAUCGCUGUCAAUGUAUAACAGUAUUUCUUUAUAGUUGGAAACAUCCCAUACCAGACGACCGAAAAUGAUAUCGGUAACUACUUCAGCCAGGCUGGAACAGUCACGAAUGUCAGGUUAGUUUCAAGUUUCAGAAACAAAUUACCUACUCAUUUACAUUCAGAAUCGUCUACGACAGGGAAACUGGCCGCCCGAAGGGAUUCGGAUUCUGCGAGUUCGCGGAUGAGGCUGGAGCACAAGCGGCAGUAGAGACCCUCAACGGCAUGUCAUUCAAUGGCCGCAACCUCCGUGUCAACUACGCCAACAAGUAA